CGCAGCACCACGAGAAUUGCAAAAACACGAGAGGAGGGUCAGCAUGGCGUGUGUUCAAUGUCAUGGGGUUUUACCGGCGAUCAGAGACGCGACACCCCGGUUUAACGCACCGACAUCGCAGUGACCUCUGAAAGAGAUCCCUGAAUCUCCCACCCUCCACUGUAUUUUACGUCUACUGGUCCACCAUGUCCACCCAGAUGUGCAGAACGGUGCAGCUGAUGCUGCGAUCUACUUGCUGUCACACCAUCAGAAGUGUGUGGUGUUUGCGAAGGACAGUAUUGGCCCCUGCAGCCGCCUCAGGCCUCAGCGUUCCUGGGGUUCCUUGGCCUCAUAGAAGGGCCUAUAGCCUGGACUCUUUGGGUCCUGGUCGGCCAUCACUUGGUUCAAGUUCAGAUAAGACGUCUCCCUCCUUAGCACUUACACAGAGAAACCUGUCGGCUGCAGCUGUAAAGGGCCAUUCUCGACCUCUGUGCCGGUAUGACUACCUGGACCUCGGGGAGGUGGAAGAGAACGUGCGCCGUGCUCAGGCCUGCAGAAAAAUGGGACACUUCAUAGUGGAUCCAGAGCUGGCCAACCUGGUUGCGCAACAUUUAGGACCCGAUCUGCAGGAUGCCAAAACUGUCAUCUUUGAAUGUAACCCAGGUCCUGGGGUGCUGACCAGAACGUUGCUCAAUGCUGGAGCUCAGAGAGUUGUGGCUCUUGAGGGCAACAAGUCAUUCCUACGUGACCUACAGGAACUGGAGGAACGCCUUGAUGGUCAGUUGGAAGUGGUUCACUGUGACUACUUUAAAAUUGACCCCAUUGGAAUCGGCAACGUGAAACCUCCGACGAUGUUCUCUGACAAACUGUUCACCGACCUGGGAAUAUCAGAAGCUGGUUGGACCGACGACGUCCCAGUGAAGGUGGUCGGGAUCAUGCCCCAGCGCAAUGAGCGUGGCCAGCUGUUUAAGAUGGUCUACGCUUUGUUUGAGCGGCUGUCUAUCUACAGAUACGGAAGGAUAGAGCUCAACCUCUUCAUUAGUGAGAAGGAGUACGAGAAAAUGGUCGCACAUCCUGGUAAUAUGAUUUUCUACAGAGCGUUCAGCGUCCUCUGGCAGAUGUCCUGUGAAAUUGAACUUCUGCACAAGGAGCCCUGGGGGUCUUUUGUGGCGUCCUCAAGACAGCCUGUCCGUAGCUCCAAGAGCAAGCUUCCAAACGAUCACAUGUGCUUGGUACGCCUGCGUCCACGGGCUGACCUGUUCUCAGGAGGCCUCACUACCUCCAACGCCUCAACUCUGCUGAUGAUGGUCAAACAGUGUUUGGCAAGGAGGAAGUCAAAGCUCAUCGACAGACUCAAUCUCUGGUCACCUGACAGCGGGAGUAAACUGUUAUCGGAGAUGGGCUUGCCAGAGGACGUACUGACGGGCCACGUAUAUCCCGACGAGUAUCUUCGACUGUUCCAGCUGAUGGACAAGAGCAAAGAGUUCACACAGAGCUGGCUCUACGAAGAGAUCUUGGAGAACACACAGAGGGAGGGUUGGGGCUAAAACAUGGACAAAUGGGUCAUUAACAGAUAUAAAUAUGUGAGAGAGACAUUUGAAAUGCAACAAACGUGUAUGAAUAUACUGUGUUAUUUGAAUGAGAAUAAAAUCAUGUGUUUUAAUGAAAUGCUAGCAGACAAAUACAAAACAGUUGUAUAAGAAAUGAAUUAUUCAUGAAAACAUAAAUGUUUUUGUUACUGAAA